AUGCCCAAUAGCUCCCUCGUGCACAAUGAUCUGCAGAUCGGCCUUGCAGCUGCCGUCGUUGAUGAUGACGAACCCCAGCUUCCCGGCAUUCUGCAUACGUACGGUUUUGCACCACCCGGCAAUGGAGAUCGUUGGCAGAUCCGCUUUGGGACCAUUUGUGCAAGCUCUAAGCUCUUCAAACUCGGCAUGCUUGAUGGGACGCAUACCGCUGUGAAUGUCGUAGACAUCACCGAGCUUGGUCUUGCCGUAGACGUCGGAAAGAUGGACGGAGAUGGGAACACGGUUGCAAUAUUCAAUGGGACCACGCAACGUAGUCAACAAGUGCCCGAUGCGCUCGUAUCUCGGCUGCGUUGA